GUAGAUCGCUGUGGGAAAUAUCGAGUGUUGUGUCGCGUCAAUCGCGCAGUGCAGUGAGUGCAAUCAUGGCGAAUCCAAGGAAAUUUAGUGAAAAAAUAGCGAUUCAGAUACAUCGACAAGAGGAGGAAACGGCCAGGUUCAACGAGAUUUUGAGGGAAGUGAGGCAGGUGUCUGUGCCGCCUGGCAGGGUGGCCCCCAAAGAGAAUUCGUCAAAUUCAAAACAAAACACGCUUCGAAUCAACACGCAGGCGCUGGGCACUUUUAGGGGGGGCUCUCUCCCCAACGUGUCCGCCGAUUCAGUCAAGACCCCCCCUGUCCCCCCAGCGAAACUAAGCGAGAUCGAGAUCGUAAAGCCGAACGAGGACGUUAGACCGCCGAGGGCGUCGUCCUUCCACAACAGUCGGGCCCGCAACCAGGGCGGGCCCAUUCGGCGGCCGCACGAGAGGCGGCUCGACACGUCGCCCUACUCCAGCGGCACGUUCCUCAGUCCGCCGCCGGACACCAGCUGGAGGCGGACAAACAGCGACUCGGCCCUCCAUCAAAGCGCCAUGCAGGGAAUGAACUCAGACAGAAACGACAGUUCGAGUCGAAUGUGGAUGGGAAACUCGAUGAACGGCCCCGACCGAAACGACGGCCGACCGAAGUCGAGCUGCGAAGUUCCCCGAGUACCUGGAAUACACAUAUAUCCCUCGGCGCACGAGCCCGGCAUGAUCCAAAUCCCCAUCGGAAACAACACCGGCUCCUUGCCAGACCUGACCAACGUGGACUUUUCGUCGCCGAUUCACGCACCCCUCGAUCAAGACCACGGCGGUUCGUCUCCCUAUAGUUCUAGUCCUGUAAAUACGAGCCCAUCGACAUUAUCCCCCACUAGUAUACCUCAGGGUGUAAGGCCCCCUGGUCGAUUUCAUUUCACGUCGGUAUCGCAAGCACAUUCGAAUAUUCAAUUAGAUAAAAAUCUAUUUGAUGGAUCUGAAUUCAACCAUCUUAUAUAUCAACAAUGUUCGCCAUCGACAUCACCAACGUUACACCAGGCUGCGGGCUACAGAAGUCCCCGGCCCAGUCCCCAGUCGUCGCCCAGUCUGGGCGGCCGCCAUUCGGCGCCUUGCAGCCCAGGCGCGCCUAGUCCGUUGCCCAACGAAUUCAACAUAUUCAACCCGACGCCCAAUUGCGUUAUACAGCAACAAAUGGACCAGCUGUCGAUGCUGGACACCCCUGCGAGUAGCAUGUCGUACGGCGACCCGACCGACAGCCUGAUGCACUCUCAAAUGAUGCCGGAGGGGUCUUCGAUGGGCAACAUCGAGCUGACCAACGACGCCUACAACACGUCGCCGUCCCAUAUGGUCUAUUCCAACCACUCGCCGAACAUACACACGCCGCAGACGCCCAACACUCCCACCAGCAUACCCAACAUCAUUUUGACAAUGGACGACAUGUCCAGGCAAGAGUUGACGAGGUUUGACGCUAACGAGUUGUUCGAAAAUUCGAUUCGCGACGAUCUGGGAUCGCUGGACUUCGAAGGAUUCGCCAUGCUGGCCAAUCAAAGCAUUUCCGUGCCGGAAAGUCUGGAAGAUAACUUUAGAUCAUAACAAGUAAGCGAAACUUUUACAAAUCAAAGCACUUGUUUUUUUUAUUUUAAUAUAUAAGUUAUUUUUUUGUAGUUAUGAUUUAAUAAAGUUUAGUUACUUUUUUA